GUUCUAAAAAGAACUAAAUUUGCAUAAACCCAGUGAAAAAGAAUUUAUUGCGAUUGUCCAAGGUAUGUAUAUAUCAAAAUGUAUUAAUGUUAAAAAUAUGUUUGAAAAUUUGUUAAAUCCAGUACCGAUAUAUCUAUAGAAUUUCUGGAAUUUGAUCAAAAAACAAAAUGUUAUUUUAAAACAAGCAUCUGAUAACUUCUGCACAUGGAUCAGAGUUGAACGACUGCUCAAAAAACCGUAUACAUGUAUCUACAAACGUCAUGUGUUUAGGUUCAGUCCGGCUAUUUUGCCCGCAUUCAAUAAAUUAGCACAUAUCUAUGUUUAGAGAAAAAGGCUGAGAUGUAUAUUAACAGCAAUAGAUUGAAAGGACAUUUUGUACAUACGUAACUACAAUAAGGUCAGACCAUGUUACUAUAAACGGAACAAACGUAUACCUAUUAACCGAUCAUUUGAAGAGCGCGGAUGUAUAAUUUCAAUAGUGAAUUUUAACAAUAUUUGAAUAAUAGAUCUAGUUUAACUUGUCACGAUUUCUUUUUUCAAGUUCAAUUUCGUGGGAUACUAAUUUACUCUGUGUUGAUAUUUCAAACUAAGAAGGCAGAAAUGUAAAAUUUUGGAGCUUAUAAACUGGCGCAGCGACAAAGUAAACUGCUGAACAUCUGUAACCUGCAUGGUUUAACACAGAAUGAAGAUGAAGAGCAACGAGGCAACGAGGGUAUCUUCUUUCAAAACCGUGAAAAGACCUGUUGUGAAGAAGAAUGAAAAGAAAGGAUUCAGUUUCUUUUCCACUUCACCAAAGCAGAAGCAGACGAAACUGACAUUGGAAACAUUGCAGGCACUAACACCAUUCCACAAAGGCAAGGAUGUGGUAGCCGACGCUGCACGUGAAAUUUUACUUAACAGAAUCCGUAUGGACGACAGUGUGCAUAAAUUAUUUUUCUUAGACACAGUGAAAGGUAUAGGCAUAUCAGAUGAUGAUUUCCGAGCGUUUCCGAUUGAGAAACUGUCAGUUGCUAUGGUAGCGGAAGCUAUCUCAAAAUGUAACGAUGAAUUCAAGUUUCACUGUACUAUUGAAAGGAGCAACUUGGAAGAUGUGUUACAGGCAGUGUACCAGAGUGUUCACUGGAAGAAGUUAGGGUUUUCCCUAUAUACGAAGCUAUACCCAAGCGUAGUUCGAAACGAAAAGCUAGAUAUCUGUCUACAAGAUUUUAUAGAUGACGACGGAUUUGAAUGGGCGGAAAGAAUGAUCGAGCGGAUGACAGAACCGUCGUGGACAAUGAACUGGGUACAGAAAAUAGUGCGUGGACAGGUUACGGAGGAAGAUUACAACGCCGAGAUGAAUGCACUAUUUGUAAAACUUCAUUUGUUAGACCCACAGUCUGUUAUACCAACUUACCAUCUACUCAAUCAUAUGAAAGCUCUUCCAGAAUGCAAUCUUGAACUGGCUACGCGGAACUACCUUGGCGGACCCCUGGAUUGUACGGUGUUUACUGACAACAUUAAACUUGCAAUAGCGAAAGAAACACAUCCUGUGAACAUAUCCAAACUCAGUCUUGAGGAAGUGGAGUUAUUUUAUGGUUUAGAAGUAGAAGAGUUUAUACUCUCGGAUGUGAGAGACUUAGGCAUUUGGAACGGAAGAAGACCCGACAAUAGAAAACAAUCGAAACUCCAGGACCGGUGUAAAAUUAUGUGAUUUCAGGAUCUAAUGGCCUCUGCUUCCAUUUUAGGGCAAACACAUCUGUUGAAAAUCAAAUAAUAUGGAUACAUGUAAUAGCUUGAGAUAUGGUAACUGUACCAGAUCUCUAUCAUUAGAAGUUCGUUUAUGUGAUCGACAAUUGUGUUCCAUACGUGGCUAUUCUUGGAGAUAUUUGCAAGAUGCGUGGAAAGUAAAGAUUUCAAAGUGCUAACAGGAGUAAGAUACCAUUGUAGAUGAUUAUUAUUUAUGUUGAGUCGUAUGCUAGUGAUAAAGAAUUCCAGCAGAUGAAUUGUAUAGUGCCUUUAAACUUUCAAGCCUAAAACUUUUCCAAUAUAGUAUUCUGGCGCACGACUAGAGUAUAUUUGUUUAGAUUUGAAGUGCUGGCAUUUCUUCAUCUAGGCAAACUGUAGAUAAUAGAUUUUUUCAACGCAUGCGCGUUGACUACCAGUAACUUCAUGUAUUGUACAUACUUAAAGUUUAUUUAUGAUAACUUUUAUUUCUACAUAUAAUAUUGUGCUAGUAUUUAUUAGAAAUGUAAUAAAAAUGUAAUAAAA